AUGGUAACCAGGGGUGGGAAAUCGAAGCAGCUGAAGAAAAAGACCGAACAAGAGGUGGAGGACGAUAAUAGCGCCCAGAAUGCGCCUGAGGCUAAUCCGAAGACGAAGCGUCGGAAGGUCGAGACUGCCGCUGCUGCACGAGAAGGUGUCGAAGACGCCGCGGGUCGCGCGCAGGAUGUAGGCGCCCAGCGGAAGAAAAGACGAAAUGUGGUGACAAGUUCGGACGACAAGGCCGCCACAAUGGACGAGCUGAAACAGACGAAGGAGCAGACCACAGCCAAAUCUAUCGACGAUGGUGGCCGCAGCGGCAGUAGCAAGCAAGGCAAAGACAAGACAAGGAGCUCGAAAGAUGGUGCAGCGGCCAAGAAGGCCAGGCAUAACGUAGAUUCAGGAAAAGGCGAGCGUCCGCCAGAAGACGCAGUCGACAGAGAGGACAGGCAACGGAAGAAAAGUGGGAAAGGUGAUGGUAAAGGCAAGAAGGGCGGCAGAGGCCCGAAAGGCGAGGGCAAAGGUGGCAGCGGCAAUUGGUCGGAUCCUAAGCUGAGGCUGUUCGUUCACAAUCUGGAUCGGUCCUGUGACGAGGCGCUGCUGCGAAGGGACUUCUCGGAGUGCGGGGAGUUGGCCGACGUCUACGUCCCCACCGACAAAGCCACUGGCGGCGGCAAGGGAUUCGCGUUCAUCACCUUCAGGACGUCGGCCGGAAUGGAGGCGGCGCUGGAGUACGACGGGACGGAUUACGGCGGGAAGACGAUCAAGGUCAAGCGGGCCUUGGAGAAGGGCCAGAAGCCCGAGUCCGCCUCCGCCCUCCACCGGAGUGAGAAGCCCGAGGGCUGCGUGACGGAGGCGGACCUCAAGGGGUUCUUCUCGGACUGCGGCGCCGGGCCGUCCAAAGUGGGGCUCCUGCGCGACAGGGCCACGGGCAGGUCCAGGUGCACGGCCCGGGUCGACUUCCGCAGCACGGAGGACGUGGACGAGGCCAUGACGAAGGCGGCGGAGUUACGAGGGCACACCUUCCUCAUGGAUUACUGCAAGGCGAAGUGA